AGAAUCCUCAGGUUCUCAGGUCUGUAUCAGUCUCUCCUCUUCUUGCUCCAUCUCAACUCUACACCACUUUCAUCACCGCCAUCUCUCGACGCAUAUCCAUCUGAACAUUCCCGGGGCACAACGACAGCCACUAGGGGCAUUUCAGACAACAACGCAACGAGCGAGACAUCCCAAGCAGCCAGCACAAGACAACCUCAACCUUUUGCACUCUACGGCUAGCUAUACCUACUGGUCUCCAUCUUCAGCCAUACCAAUUUUAUUCGAACCGACGAGUCUAUCUCCAAUAUGGUCUUCGGUCGACCCCACGCCACUGCCGGACACAACCUGUUUUGUCAGCCCGUCCCGUCUACACACAUUCACAUCUGCGGUCUUUAUUACAUCGAUCCGCGUCGCUAUCUGCAAACCACGCGGCAAUAUCUUCCCACACUUUCCCAGUCGGUACAUGCUCGCAUCAUUGCAUCGACAUCUCGGACCACCCUCACCCAGACCUUUAUCAACCCUUCACCGACAGAACCCACCCCCGAGCUUCGCUACACCUUCCCCCUCUAUGAUGGCGUCUCCGUAGUUGCCUUUACCUGCACCAUCAACAAUGAUCGUGUCAUUCGCGGCGUAGUCCAGGAGAAGACCGCAGCCCGCAACACAUACAACCAGGCCGUUGCCAAGGGCCAGACAGCCGGCCUCCUGGAGCAACUCCCCGACGCAAGCGAUGUCUUCACCACUACCAUCGGCAACGUCCCAGCUGGCGCCGAGAUUGCAAUCGAUAUCGAAUACCUUGGCGAGCUGAAGCACGAUGCCGAAGUUGACGGCAUCAGGUUCACCAUUCCCACUUCCGUUGCACCACGAUAUGGCGCAUUCCCCGGCGAGUUGCUGGCCAAGCCCACAAACGUCUCUGCAAAGGACGGAAUCCGCAUUGUGGUUGAUGCCGAGGUGCCAACUGGAAGCGUUAUCAAGUCUAUUCAGUCACCUUCGCAUCCCAUUUCUGUUUCUGUCGGCUCAACUUCCACCAUGAACGCCAAUGCCACCCCAUCCCUCCAGCUUGCGAGUGCCACCCUCUCCCUGGGCACUGCUCAACUAGACAAUGACUUCAUUAUCCAGAUCAUUGCGACAAACACCUCCAACCCUGUUGCUGUCCUUGAGACACACCCCACUAUUCCCCAUCAGCAAGCCCUCAUGGCCACCCUUGUGCCCAAGUUCAAGCUUGCUGCCACCAAGCCCGAAGUCGUCUUCAUCUGCGAUCGCUCUGGUUCCAUGGAGGGUAAUAAGAUGGAGGAUCUCAAAAAUGCCCUCAGAAUCUUCAUGAAGUCUUUGCCUGUCGGUUCCAUGUUCAACAUCUGUAGUUUCGGUUCAAGGCAUGAUUUCCUGUUCCCGAAGUCUGUCAUGUAUGACCAGAGCACCUUGGAAACUGCCAUGCGACACAUUGAUACCUUUUCCGCCAACUACGGAGGCACCCAGAUCUACAACCCCAUUGAAACGACCUUCAAGCGACGCCACAUCGAUCUCGACCUUGAGACUUUCGUCCUCACUGACGGUGAGGUUUGGGAUCAAGGUCGCCUCUUUGGCAUGGUGGAUAGAAUGACUCAGGAGUCCAAGGGCGCGAUUCGUCUCUUCACCCUGGGUGUAGGCAAAGACGUUAGCCACUCUCUCAUCGAAGGCCUUGCUCGAGCCGGCAACGGCUUCUCUCAGUCUGUCUCUGAGAAUGAGAAGAUGUCUGGCAAAGUCGUCCGCAUGCUAAAGGGAGCCCUCACUCCUCACGUCAAUGACUAUACCCUCGAAGUCAAAUAUGCCGAUGCCGAGUCUGAGACGGAGCCUGAAGACGACUUUGAUAUCAUCGAACCCGAGGAUGCGGUUCGCGGGAAGACUACCGACAUCAAGGAACCUGAGAAACCGAUUUCCCUCUUCGAUAACAGCGCAGAUGAUGAUGUUGAUAUGGAAGAUGCUCAGCCUCGAGGCGACAACUCUGGUCUAGAGCGGUACUCCCAUAUUCCGACAGUGAAGCCGCCCAAGAUUCUUCAAGCUCCCUUCCAGAUCCCGCCUCUCUUCCCUUUUAGCCGUACCAGCGUCUAUCUUCUGCUUUCCCCCGACAGAGAGCUGAGAUCCAAGACCCCAGAAUCCUUGGUUCUGCGUGGCACUUCAUCUCAGGGUCCUUUGGAGCUCCGGAUCCCCAUCACCGUGCUUGAUCAGAAGGCCAAGACGAUUCAUCAGCUCGCUGCUCGCAAGGCUGUCAAGGAACUGGAAGAAGGUUGUGGGUGGAUCUAUCACGCAAAGGGUAGAGACGGCAACCUUCUCCAAACGCAACAUCCCGGCCGCUUCCCCAGCAUGGUCGAGCGAGAGGCCGUCCGACUUAGUAUCCAGUUCCAGGUUGGGGGCAAGUGGUGCUCCUUCGUUGCGGUUGAGCAGAACAACACUCGAAACAUCGAGCAGACUGGUACUGCCAACCCAAAGCAAGCCAAAUCUGGAACAUCCAAGCCAGAUCUGACUCGGCAGAGUCAUGCAGUGAUGAAAAAAGCUAGGGGAGGAAUGGUGUCCAGAUCCCAGAAAAGGUCUACAGGCAUGGAAGACUUUAGUUCCAUGGCUUUUGCUGAUCCGCUUGUUCGUGGUAAUGUGCUUAACGAUUUUGACUUUGAUUCCUACUUGAAUGAAGACGGAUCCAACACUAUCCCACAAGGACCAGUCGCAUCAGCUUUCGGCAUGCCAUCCUCAACGGCUUCGUCGAACCUUCAUGUCCCAUUCACUGGCUCAGGUCUAUUCGGCGGAUUGGGUUCUUCCAACAGCCAGCAACAGCAACAGCAACAGCGCGCAGCACCUAGGAGCUUCGGCUCCGGCCAGCCCGGCGGAUCCUUGUUCGGCCAGCCCACAGCCCAUUCCCCGUCGUCUACCUCAGCUGCCGGUGGUCUCUUUGGCUCUCGUUCUCCUAGCACUGGUGCCUUUGGCGCAGCCCCGUCUCCUGCAAGCCACACCGGUGGAGGAAUUCAGCUCUUUGGUGGAUCUGGCGGAGGCUUGUUUGGUCAUCCCGCAGCCCCUACAGCCCCUGCUCCGUCGUCUACUCCAAAUGUUGGUGGUCUCUUUGGCUCCUGCUCAUUCGGUGCAGCCCCAGCCCGUAAGGAAGCUACAGGAUCUCAACUCUUUGGUGGAAAUGGGUCUCAUGGAGGAUUGUUUGGUCAACCCCAGGCUGCCAAUUCCAUCUCCCCCAAGCCCCAGAGCGGAGGUCUCUUUGGUAGCGCAAGCCCACCUCCCCAGUGGUCUGACGGACAACCUCCCAUCGUUCAAGCGGCCGCGCUUGCUCCUCCAACGACCCAGGUUGAUGCAGCUUUGCUUGACCAAUACCAACGGGAGAUGGAUGAAGCUACAUGCAUGUCCAUCCAUGGAGAGAUAUCUGACGAUGAUUGGGAAAAUGAAGCUUCCCCGGCUGCAGUCCCUGCUGUCGCUGCGACUGUUGACCUUUCGAUGAAGAAGAGGUGCAAAAAGGGCAUUAGUUCCCCUUUCGUUGUGCCACCGGGCUUCGGCAUCGUGCCACCGCCUCCUGAUAAGUUCUCUACCAUAGUAUCGCUUCAGAACUUUGACGGCAGCUGGGACUCUUCAAAGAAACUCUUCGACAUCAUUGGCAUCACUUUGGAGGUGGUUAAGGAAGCUUUAUACCGCCUUGAUGUUGAUGAAGAGAGAGUUAUGUCUACCUCUGUAGUUAUUGCUUUCCUGCGUCAGGUUCUCACAAAGGAACGGGACAGUUGGGAGAUGCUGGAGGAGAAGGCGGUUACUUGGCUCGAGGGGGAGUUGGGAGAGGAGACGGCUCAAAAGGUUUUGGCUAUUGCUGAACGUCUGUUCUAAGGGGUUUGUUUUUUGACUGGACGAUGGAAUGCUUGAAUCGUAAUGAUGGAUACCGGAAGGCGGGACGCUCAUGCUUAGGCUGUGAAAGACUAAGUCUGACCAAUAAUAUUCAACUUAAAAGUAUCAAUGCCUCCGAUGAAGUGAAUUUGUGAUAUGAUACGCAUU